GAGAGAGAACGCGUCAAGAGAAGAGAGACAGCCUGAAAAGCCAGUCUAGUGUGUAAAUUCACUGCGCUUCACUCGAGGAGGCAGAAUCUUUCUCUUCUCCUCCUCCUCCGUCUCUUCCAGCGGCUGUCAGGGGCCACAGAGCGACCACCCAGCCGGUCUAAACUGCACCAUGCCUGGACAGCAGCUCCAGCCCUGCCCGGUGUCUCUUCUUCCACCUCGUUUGAGCGGAUUUACGCGCAGCAGUGGAGUCGCGAUGGAUCCAAGACGCAGAGAACUGUGACCACGAAACGGAAACUUAAAACUGGAGAAGAUAGUUUGGGAAUUUUCAUUAGUUUGAGUUUAGUUUUGGGGGGAGUUUUAUCGGGAGAUGUUGCAUGUUUAUCGCUCCCCGCCAGCUCCAGCCCGGCCGCAGUGAGUGGGACUUGUAGCCGAGGAACGCGCAGGUCGUGGCGGGUCCUGAUGCAGUGUGUCCGGCCGCUGUGGGCUCUGACUGCCGUGGCGGUCUGUGCGCUGCUCCUGCUGCUGCUGCACAACCACAUGCUCGGAGAAGGUCAGCUGUCAGCAGGUACCUGUGAAGUGGUGACUCUUGACCGGGACAGCAGUCAGCCCCGGACCACCAUCGCCCGGCAGACGGCCCGCUGUGCCUGCAGAAGGGGGCAGAUCGCUGGGACAACCAGAGCUCGACCUGCCUGCGUAGAUGUGCUUAUCGUGCGUACUCGGCAGUGGUGUGACAUGUCUCCCUGUUUGGACCAUGAGGGCUGUGGUCUCCUGGUCAACAACUCGGGCUGGACCUGUACUCAGCCUGGAGGACGGGUCAAGACCACCACGGUCUCCUGACAGCUAUAAGCAAGGAUUCACAUCUAUACUGGAAUACUCAAUACUGUGAGCAUCUAAAACCAGUGGUGAUGGACAGUGAGACACCAGCUGUAACACUCCCUGUGGUGGACUACAGUAAAUACAAGAGAACAACCAGCAGCAAACCAAGAAGUGGGAUAUAAGUACUACAAUAAGACUAUAUGGACCUACAGACCAAAGAUGAGAUCAAGAGGAAAACUGAAAAGUUAACAAUUAUUCUAAACAUUAAAAUGUUCAAUAAAAAAAACUGAGGGAACAAGGAUCACAGACCUUAAAUUGCAGCGAUAAAAUAUCAGAGGCUAUACAAAGUAAUGUGGAGAUGUAUUUUUUUAUGUAAUAUUGUAAAUGAACGGUUUAUAUGCAGUAGUGAUACGUAAUGACAUGAAACUCACAGAAUAAAAUAUUUGACAAAUCC